GAACCUAGACUAGGUCUCGUAGAGAUUCAAUGAUCAAAACUUGGAAAAAAGAUUCAAUGAACCAAGAAACCCAAUUAAACAAGACAAAGUUCCAUACUUUGACGCAACUUCUUUCUUCCUUUAAAUUCAAGCUUUAAACUUUUUAAUUUGGAUUUUGCAAUUAGAAAUUUGGAAAUAAAAAAAAAAAAAAGAUAAAAAGCUAAAGUUUGGCUUCUUACACAAGAGACUAGACUUCUGAAAAUUUCAGCCAUCUCCAACAACAAGAAACCAAAGGUCUCCCUUCAACCGAGGGUCCCACUUACUGCAACCUCCUUAUCUCUAAGAGUAUGGUCUGCCGUCAUCUAACCCCUGAGACCUGGAUAGGUAUGGUGUGCCGUCAUCUCACCCCCGAGACCUUGAUUAUAGUUUCUACGAGCAGGAUACCAUAUUUAUGAAUGCAGUUGAUUUAUACAUAAUAAUUUGGGGGGAGAGAAAAGGAGGAGGCAAAGAUAGUUGAUUGAUAUAUGUCUGUAAAAUUUCCCAACCUCUCAUGGUGGUUGUGGAGUGGCAAAAAGAAAGAUGCAAAAUUACACAAGAGAUCUUCUAUUAAAUCUUCUCCUAAAUUGAAUAUGAUGGAAGUAGAUAUGGUUAAGUUCCCUGCUGUUAUUGGGACAGGAAAAGUUAGAAGGAAACGGCAUUGUUAUGAGGAGGGAAAGAUUGACAAAGAGCUUAAUGUUGUUCUUGUGUCUUCUGAUGGAGGGUGCUCGUCUGAUUCUGAAUCGGAUUCCUCGGAUUGGUCGAUUGGCUGGUCGGAGCCCCAUGCCCCGGGGUUUUUGAGUGAGGAUGAGAUUGAUGGUGGGUUUGGUGUUCUAGUGCGAUGCUAUGGGAAUUUCUCCGGAAGUAAACAAGACCAUGGAAAAGACUUACCAGACAGGACUGCCAAUGUGCCAGCACUUUACUCUGCUGAUAGCAAAAAGUACAUGGAGCGAUGGCUUUCCUCUCUACGAGCAGUUGAUCUUGCCGGUGGCUCUUAUCAUUGUGAUCCGAAGCAAGAGUAUGUCAGCGUCAGGUGAUGCUUUUCAGCUUCUGCAAACUGUUCCAGAAAAUGUCGAUGAGAUUGAACAGUUUUUAGGUCACACAAAUCUUGUGUAUCGGUCUCAGACGCUGUAAAUUUGUGAAUAAAAGGACCUGAAAGUGUUUAAAACUUCAUCUUAAUGAGUGAUCAUUGUUUUAUUUUAAUCAUUGUUGAAGGUUCAGUUAAUCAAAAAAAAUCGAAAUGUUAAACUUUGUUGAUUUGGGAUUAAUAUGUAAUUUAUCUCUUGGUAAUUACUUCUUCAUUUCCAGUUAUCAAUGUAAAUAAAUUAUGAUUAUGUGGAUAACUUGGUUCAAAAAUUGUAAAUACUUUUAUUUAUUUAUUUAUUUUUUUGUUA